ACAGUAGAGUGAACAGUGAACUAAUAUUUUGCAUAUAAUAAUAAUAAAUUCAUUUAGGAGGAAAUAUUUGACGAGAAAUAAUUACAAUACUUCAAGAUGUCGUAUAUGUUAGCUCAUUUACACAACGGCUGGCAAGUGGACCAAGCUAUACUCUCGGAGGAAGACAGAGUGGUAGUGAUCAGAUUUGGGCACGAUUGGGACCCUUCUUGCAUGAAAAUGGACGAAGUAUUGUACAGUAUUGCAGAAAAAGUGAAAAACUUCGCGGUGAUUUAUUUGGUGGACAUCACAGAAGUGCCGGACUUUAAUAAAAUGUACGAAUUGUAUGAUCCAUGUACGGUGAUGUUUUUCUUUAGAAACAAACACAUUAUGAUCGAUUUGGGAACUGGUAACAAUAAUAAGAUUAAUUGGCCGCUUGAGGAUAAACAGGAGAUGAUAGAUAUAGUAGAGACAGUGUAUAGGGGAGCUAGAAAAGGUAGAGGUUUGGUGGUGUCACCCAAGGAUUAUUCUACUAAAUAUAGAUAUUAAUUUACUUUUAUAGAAUCUAGGUGUAUCUUCUAUUUAUGUUAUUUGAUCUUAAUAAAUGUUUUUUUUUUUAGAA